AUGAAUCGUGAGAACAUGAAUAUUAUUAAUGAUAAUAAAUCAAGUAGCAUUGAACAGAGGUCACCAUGUUUACAAGAUGAUUCAAAUCAAAUAUUUGAUAUCACUAAAGAAUUUCAAGAAGAUCGUAAUGAUAAUCAAAAUAAUAAAAUUGAAAAGAAAUCUUUAAAAGUUCUUAAUCAUAAUAGAUUGAACAAAGAUUCAUUUCUUUACAAUGCAUCUUCUGAAUCAUCAUCAAUUGAACCUAACAUGUCUUCAUUAUUACAUUAUCGAACUAAUGAAUUACCUCAAUCUGUCAUUGAUCAUAAUACAACAUCAAUUCAAUUAUUAACAAAGGAUGAUCAACGUGUGAAACAAGAGAAUAUGAUGGACAGGUUUAAAACAGACGUUAUCGAUGAAACUUUAGUACAUAAUAAUGUACUUGUUUUAAUUAAUAUUCAUCCAGAUAUGCGAACAAAUUUUCAUCAACGACGAAAACGUUCUUUUGUAGUUCCUGCACUUAUUCUCAUACCAUUAGCUAUUAUCCUUGCAAUUAUCGUAUAUAUUAUCAUUAUCAUAGUAAAAACGGUACCACGAAUGAAUUCAAUAUCAUUUUAUAAGCAUCCACGUUUAUAA